AGUAAGUAAUAAAGUUAGGGGAAAUAAUGAAGAAAAGAAUACGUAGUCGUCUAACAAUUCUCUGAUCUCCUUCCGCAGUUAAAUCUCUCCCCCCUCAUUACCAUCUCUGCUUAUGCAUCUCCUCCCUGAUCACCACUCUCGUCUAUAAAAUCUCUCUCUCUCUCUCCCUCUCCCUCUCCCUCCCUCUCUCCCUCUCCCCCCUCCCCCUCUCUCUCAAUUAUUAGUAUUGCACAACUUGAUCUGCAACAGAAAGCCUCAGCCAGACAACACAUCUGCACUUCAUCCACAAGCUCUUCAGUUUCGCGUGGCUAGGGUUUUUCUGACUUGUUUGGCAAUCAGCAGGGUUCAUGGAAGCCAAGAUAUUGUUACGAGGUUCCAGUUAUUAUAUAAUGGCCGUUGUCGCUAUUUGGUGAUAUAUGGGGGAUAAGUUAUUUGAAUUUUCAAAAACAACAGAUAUUUUUUCGCGGACUGAUACCAGAGUCGUCAAUGUUUGACCACCGACGAUCACAUCGUCCAAGCAUAUUUUACAGACCAAUAAGGCCAACUGAUUUAGAGGCUAUUGAGAAAAUACAUGCCGAGUUAUUUCCUAUAAGGUAUGAGUCUGAGUUCUUUCUCAAUGUCGUUCAUGGUCGUGAUAUAGUGUCGUGGGGAGCCGUUGACCGAAAUCGGCGUAAUGGUAAGAGUGAUGAACUUAUUGGAUUUGUCACCGCAAGAAUUGUUAUGGCACGAGAAAGUGAGGUAGAAGAUUUGCUUAGAUUUGAAUCACCACGAGCAGACGAAACACUAGUUUAUAUAUUGACACUUGGGGUGGUGGAUUCCUACAGAAAUCAUGGCAUAGCUACUUCGCUGAUUCGAGAGGUCAUCAGAUAUGCUUCAAAUAUCCCGACUUGCCAGGCAGUUUACCUGCACGUCAUUUCCUACAAUAACUCUGCAAUCCACUUGUACAAUAAAAUGUCCUUUCAGUGUGUGCGGAGGUUACAUGCCUUUUAUUUCAUCAAUGGGCAGCAUUACGACUCAUACUUGUUCAUCUACUAUGUAAAUGGUGGUCGAUCUCCUUGCUCACUUUUAGAGUUUGCCACCCUUUUGGUGGCUUAUAUAAGGAGUGGUUUCAGAUCAGCAGCAUCCCGAAUAUGGUGGAAAAAAGAGGAUGAGGUCUCCAGGUGGAUGAAAUGUAAAGAAAGCAGCAGCCGCCUUAUUCCAAUGACACAGAACAAAAGAAUACUGACAACAAACGCUACUGGGUGUCAGUUUGCCUAAUUUUUUAAUUAUCAUGAUCUUGUUGUAUAAAGGUUCGAUUUGUAUCUUUUACUUGGUCUGCUGGUUCCUUUUCUUUUUUUAUCGAAGUUUAUAUCUCCUGUAUGCCUUUUAAUGGCGCCUUCUCUCUGUGCUCAUUAAAUCUAUGUACAAUUCUUUGCUUUCUUCUU